AUGGAUGGAUUUAGAACCCUCCCAAUCCUGUUAGUUCUUGGCUCUUUUCAGAAUUUACAAGCUAAGUUCGUGUGGAGUACGGGCGCAGCUUCUUCGCUUUUUGUGGCCAUAGCUUUACCGUUGGAUUUAGAAAAUCAAGCAGUCUUUUUGUCCUACAAUUUUGAAGCGUCCUACGAUUUGCCUAGAACCUGGAAAAAGAAACCUCCAUUUUUGCGAAAUGGGAAUGGUACUCAUGAUGAUAGUUUGCUAGGCAAUCACCAUGGCCACCAUCAGUUUGAUGAUUUUGUUUACGAUGACUACUACGAUGAUGCCCAAAAUGCCACCCACAAGCACAAACACCAUCAUAAUAAGAAAAAAAAGAAAACUAAACCCAAACCUGAAACUUCAAACAAGCCACCGAAAAAAAAACCCAAGCAUAAGCACAAAAAAAAGCAUAAGCCAAAAUCAAAGCCAAAGGAGGAGAUGGACGAUGACUACAAGGAUUUCUUCCAGGGAUUUCCCUUGGAUGGUAUGGGAGAUCCUGUGGGCAGAAGUCUUUCGAAGAGAUCCCUACUUUCAAGAAGCAAGUUCUAUGAGAUCAUGAAUCAUCGCUUCGAAUUAUAUGGAUUAGGCUCGGGAGAUCGUUGUUUAUUAAGACUUAUUUGCGAGGCCAAUAGCUACCAAUUGGGAGAUCUGAAUGGUGUGCUUGGCAGCUUGGUCCAUAUUAUGUUUAGUCCCAGUAGCUCUCGAUAUGAGGCUUUGCCCAAGCGAUACUACAUAGCCGAAUUGGAUGGUCGGAAUGGGAACUGCGGGGCUUAUCAUCCACAAUGCCAACAUAGUGUUCUCGACAUGAUCACGCAACCACCAAAAAAUAAAAGCAUUAUGCACUGA